AUGACAGUUCCGUUCCCUCUCUUACGUCUUCCAAGGCUUGCAUUGAUUCCAGUUUUCCAAGAAAUGGAGCCAAUUGAUGUAAUUGCCGUCUCUCUACUUUCCAAAAAGGUCUAUAAUGUGUCAAAAAUCUUUCGCAAGUUGUCUGUCCGUUGCGUGAAUAUGAUAGUAGACAACAAUCACCUUUGUAUCACAGUUGACUUGAGAAAUGGAAAAUCAGAGACCUUCUAUUUCUACAAGGAUAGAGUUGCGGAUUUGGACGAUUUAAUGAUUCGAUACAGAUGGUUUACUCACGAAAACACCGGAUUAUCAGCAUCUCAAUGGUUGGAGCGGGUUAUAGAUGUGACGAAUUUUGAAUCGCUUGAAGAACUGUAUCUCUGCGGAUCUCCACAACUGGAAGUGUGCGAUGCUCUUGCUCGAUUGACAAAUCUUCGGAAAUUAAGCAUCAUGUUCGACUGUUCCGAUAGUUUUGCAAAGAGAGCUCUGGAUAUCCUCUCACCAGUUUCUACUAAAAUUACACUGUUCAAAAUUCCGUUUGAGAGCAAAGAAGAGUUUCAGAAAUUUCUGAAGAGCAAUUUAAGUUAUUUAAAUAUUGAGACCAGUACUUUCCCAAAUUUCCAGUUCACUCUUAAAGAUCUAAUAGUCACAAAUGCGCUGAAAUUGAAUCUUAAUAGUGGGAAAUUAAAUCUCAAAGAAAUCAAUCAAUUCUUCAAAAAUUGGAUGGAAAAUAAAUGUGAUCCAAGGCUGGAGCACUUGAUAGUGUCUACAUCUGAAAAAGUCAAUGCAAGGAAUCUUCUGGAUGGAUUGAAUGCUGUUUUUUUCGCAAGAGACCGAAGAAGGGCGUUCCGUUAUUCAAAACAAUUGGACUCUUUCUCAGAAUCGUUUUCUGGAGGUUAUGAUAUAAGGAGAGCGGAUGGGAAGAAAGCCACAAUCACGUAUGCAGGCUAUUCGGGGCCGACAGUCAUCAAUUUCUAUGUUUGGCCGUGA